GCAAGCGCUGAACAGAGUCAAGGGGCCCUGGCCCCCCCAGCCACCUGCAUGAAGGACGGCAGAGUCUCAGCCCGCCGACUCCUGGUGCUGCUGGCCUGCAGCCUUCUGGCCUGGAGGGUGGGUGAGACAGGACCCAACCCGCUGGAGAAGCUGUCCCCGCUGGCUCUGGGGCACCAAGCUCUCAGUAUGAAGGAGACCUUCCUGGUGCUCUCCCUGCACAACAAGCUGAGGAGCAAAGUGCAGCCACCUGCUGCCAACAUGCAGAGGCUGGACUGGAGCGAGGAGCUGGCGCAGCUGGCAACGGUGCGCGCGGCCAGCUGCCUGGUAGGCCCUGCCCCACAGGGUGGGCAAGGCUUGUGCGGUGGUGGGGGGGGCUUGAGUGUGUGGGCGGAGCCAUGGCCAGCUGCCGCGUGGUGGGCUCUGGUUGGCUCUGCCUUGCUGCCCCUUGCUGUGGCCCUGCUGCCCACGUGGGCGACCCCAGAGCCCCACCACGCGUGGCAGGGCCACACCACAUGGCCACCCUCUAUGUCUCUUGGCAGGGGCAACUGGGAGAUGAACGGGAAGACCAUUGUCCCCUACAAGAAAGGGGCCUGGUGCUCACUCUGUACUGCUGGGCUCUCUGGCUGCUUCAAAUCCUGGGACCACGGUGGCGGGCUCUGCGAGGUGCCCAGGAACCCAUGUCGCAUGACCUGCAGGAACAGCGGGUACCUCAACAUGAGCAGCUGCCAGUGCACAUGCCCCCCAGGAUACACGGGCAGGUACUGCCAAGUGAAGUGCAGUGUGCAGUGCCUCCAUGGGAAGUUCAGGAAGGAGGAGUGUUCCUGCCUCUGUGACAUUGGCUACAGUGGUGCUGAGUGCGGAACGAAGAUUCAGUUCCCCUUCCACGCCUGCGACGUGAGGAUAGAUGGCAACUGCUUCAUGGUGUCCCCUGAGGCCGACACAUACUAUGGAGCCAAAAUAAAGUGCCAGGAGAAAGGGGCAAUGUUGGCCCAGAUCAGAAAUCAGAAAGUCCAGGACAUCCUGGCCUUCUACCUCAGCCGUCUGGAAACCAGCAACAGGGUGACAGACACAGAUUUUGAGACCCGUAAUUUCUGGAUCGGUCUCACCUACAAAACAUCCAAGGCCUCAUUCCGCUGGGACACAGGCGAGCCAUCCUCCUUCACCAGCUUUGCUUUUGGACAGCCAGACAACCAGGGGUUUGGGAACUGUGUGGAGAUGCAGGCAUCAGCUGCUUUCAACUGGAAUGACCAGCGCUGCAAGACUCGAAACCGGUACAUCUGCCAGUUCGGUGAGUGGCCUGGUAGCCCUUGCUGCCCCUCGUGCUGUGCCCGUCUCCUUCCCCCACAAGGAAGGGGUAGGCAGUUUGGGUGAGCCAGAGCAUUUUCAUCUAGGUGCAGAGCCCUGGAGGUGCCAGCCUCCAGCUCUGCUGGGACUGUCCCCCUCAGCCAGUUAUGCUGAGACCCCUCAGGUCUCCGUGGCGUGAGGAGCACUAACUCUCCAUUUCGCUUUGCAGCCCAGGAUCACAUCUCCCUGUGGCAGCAGGACCCCUGAGUGGGCAGCCCUGUGCCUUGGCCAGUGCUGGCUGUAGUGCCAAACCCUGACCAUGGCUCAAAAGGACCCUGUGGCUGCUCCCUGCCUGGCCCACGCAGAUACCUCCAGGGCUGAGGUCCCUCAGCUGGGGAGGGACCCUCAGCCCAGCUCAGCUGGGCUCUCUGGUGUAAGGGGCAAGGGGUGAGGGGCAGGCAUAGCACUGGGAUCUACUGAGAAGGGAGCAUGCUCUACACCAGCAUCCCAGAAACAGCAUCCUCUUCUGCCUCGCACCAUCCUCUGUCACCAUCACACUCUGACAAGCCCCAUGGCAGGGAGACUCCCAGCCUGGAGCCUGCAACAGCCAGGUCCACCUGCACCCACACCCUAAAUUGGCAGUCCGAUCGUGUCCAGACAGCAGCCCUGUUGCAGUGAGAGGCUGAGCAGGGCAGCUGGAUGUCACAGGCCUUGGCCUGACUCAAGACAAUGGCUGGACUUGGAGCACCCUGCAGGCAAGAUGCAGCCAUUCCCCUGACCAGGGUGGGAACCAGCUGGCCUGGCACUGCAAUUCCUCAUCAUGUGCUGCGUUAGUA